AUGAACGACGCCGCAAAGGCAAUCAAGAAGCACGCGGCCCAGCAUGACCUGUUCAACAGGCUUCAUUCCAUCGCCGCGGACGAGCGGUUUGUGCAAAAGGUGGCCCAGGAGUGGUUCAGCAAUCGAUUCGAAGUCAUCGCGAACCAGCGGUGCGGCACUUGGUACUGUGAUCCCUCUACCAGCUCCAAAGCCUAUGCCUACUUCAAGUCCACAGAUGGCCACACUCUGAACUGGGACUUCAACCUGCGGCGGUCGAACUUGUCUCUUGCAAGCUAUGCAGAGGAGAAGGGAGGUUUCCUGCUCGUCGACUCCACCCGUCGGGGAAAGAGAAUGCCAGAUGGGCUGUCAAAAACCGUUCCUAUAUGGUGUUCAGUUGUCAACCGUGCAGUUCAGCGUCGUCGAGCUCGGGGUGGAGACGCUGCCGCCGACGCAGAAUGGGACACAACUCUGUAUCUGCCCGCGCAGAUCGUGUCGCCCUCGGAGAAGGCUCAGAUCGAGCCACGGUUGGACGUCUGGGCAGAAUCGCUUGAAACCUCCGUGCUUCCUCUCCCGGAGCUCAAGAAGCCCCUCCGCCCAUUCUUCAUCCAUCCCGCAACGUCUCGCCCUCCUGUGAUUGACGCCAACCCAGCCUUCACACCAAUUAUAUGUGUGUCGGCCUCGCGAUGGGUCAACGGGGAGGAUGGCCGCGGAGAUCCAAUCCCCACUGCCACUCGGCUCGGUGAUGGCUGGUUUGCGCGAACUGUCGCUUUCGACUACGUCCCCGGCGCAGGCGACGACGACGAGCUAUGGGGCAGGGGCCUCAAACCUGCACUGUAUCAUGAACACAAGGCGGACCUCCUCUCCACGCCCAGGGACGAGCUGCCCGGGCUGGUAGACGAUUUGGUCGAGGAGGGGACCGGCAUCACGGCUGCUCUGGAGAAAGUCCAUCUGGCGGACUCGGAGUCGACAACAUCGUCUCUCGAGACAUUGUGGACGGAGGCCACGGUUGUUUCUCCCACACUGUUGGUGGACCUCGGACCAACUAUCCGAUCGCCUCAGUCGUCUGUCCUCUCCUCGGUAACGCAGAGAGUGACAGUCCGGGUUGUGGAUAUUGCGAAGCCCUCAAGCUCCACCUCAUAUGUCCAUGCCUGCGAAGCAACCUCGGAUGGCCCCGUCAUCGUCUUCUCCUUGCCGUCUGCACGAACCCACCCCAAGGAGUAUGGCAAGGCAUUGGGGCAGCUCGUGGAGCACCUACAAAGCAAGUUUCCAGCACUCGGGGACAAGGCGGCUCUGUUGAUCAGCCCCGGACAACAGAGCGAGCUGGACACUGCCGUGCAGUUCAGUACCAUCGGCGAGCAGCAAAAGUCAGAGCCUUCCACCUGGCCAUCUUCGCUUCACCUCUCAAAGCCUGACCUUCAGGCGUCGCAGAAGUCUCUUCUUCCCCUGUUGGUGGCGUUGACGUGUAGCUUCCCCAAGCUCGGUCAUGACGCGGUCGACGAUCCAGAUGUGGACAAGGGCGUGAUUGCUGCUCGGCUGCACUCCUUGGUAGCCCUCUGGCCAGAAGGCAACCCUCCGCGGGCUGCGUUGAAGAGGGUGAACGAGUUUUUGAUGUCGUGAUAACCGGGACAUACCGUAGCAUCGUGCUUAACAUCUUCG